AACUGCUUUACUGUGACCUCUAAUACAGUUAAAGUCGGCGCCGUUGGGCUCAUAGGAACGGGUUUUGCGCCGUCGCUGCUUUUCCUUAAAUGCCGACCCAUACUCCGUGGGGUCAUCUCGUUUUCUAGCAUUACGUUUGUAAGUCUAACAGAAAUAAGGUUACUGGCAAGCGUUUAGUGAGCGCGUGUACCGGCAGGGGCCCUACAUAUUUCACAUGCAGAACACCCUAAGCUUCUCACGUUCGUGACGAUUACGCCUACAACCAUUCUCUUUGCCGCUGGACGCGGCGGCCUUUCGGCUGCUGCCGCGCGCGUCGGCCGGCGCAUUGCCAGCUCCCUCGGCAUGUACCAUGCCAUCCGGACAUCCGCUGGCGCGCAUGCCAGCUCCGCCAGCCCAGGACCGGCAUCACCCUCCUCAGCACAUGUCACGCAGCUGGCUGCUAAACGCAUAGCCACAUGCGCACGUUCGCCAGUUGCCCAUUGGGCGCGGCCGCUGGUUGAAUGUCUUCGACUCGCACCUCCUCCUCGCGAAGCUUACCAGCAUCGACUUGGAGCCUUCCGUCGGGGCGUGGCUGCGGCUGCUGGAGUGCCGCUUACAGCAUUCGCAGCAUCCAUCUCGACAUCUUCAUCGGCAUCUGCUGAAGACCAGCGUCAGCAGCAAGAGCAGCAGCAGCCGCAACAGGACGAAAAGAAGGCACCAAAGCGAGGACAACGACAGCGUAGCGCAACAGCAGCAGAUAUUUCCAAAACAGGUGCCGUACUCUUCAUCGGUUUCCAUCCUGAAGAACUCGAAGCCGUACGGCAGAACCUGCCUGGAAUGCUGCCAUCAUCAUCAUCGUCACCAACACCAUCAUCAUCAGCUGCUGCUGAACUGCCGAUUGUUGAUGUUACGUACGACAUGCUUCCGCACACCGUUCGUGACGUGUUGCUGCCAUCACCGGCAGAUGCCGCCAUUGGUGUCGAUGACAGCCGCAGCAGCAGCGACAGCGCUCCAGAUACAACGACACUGCAGCAGCAGCAGCAGGCCUCGUUGCAGGAUCAGCAACAGCCUCAGCAGCAGCCGACGCUGACCUCUGCUGUGGCCGCUGGUCGCGUGGUGCUGCUGGUGGGGCCCACCGCUCACGGGCUAGGGGCGGAGCUCAACGACUGGCUCGCGGAGUGGGGUGUGGUGCCGGCCCUCAUCGCGGCCUACCAGCGCAAGCACGAGGGCAUGCCCCUGCGCUCGCUGGUCGCCUCCCUGCGUGACGCCCACUCCAGGUACUACGGACUGCUUCAGCCGGUCAAGGUGGAGCCCCUAGCGCUGAGGCAGCUCUUGGACGACAGCAGCAGUAGCAGUGGCAGCAGCAGCAGCAGCAAAGGCUGUGACGGCCGCUGCAACUGCAGCUGUAACGGCAGUAGCAGCAGCAGCAGCACAGGCGGAAGCGGCAGCAGCAACGCAAGCGCCAGUACAAGCGCUGGCGUUACCAGCGCAGCUGAAGGUGAUGCUGUUAGCCCCUCCGACCAAACCGAGGCGUCAGCAGCAGCAGCCCUGGAGCAGCAGCAGCAGCACCUGUCCGUGCUGCGCGAGGUCAGGGUGGUGCUGAAUGCCGCGUUAGACGCCGGGGAGGUGCCCUCCAUACACGGCCACUACCGGCCCGACAGCGGGCACCUGGUGGUGCUGGAUGGGCUGCUGAGCGGCGCCGAGAGGUCGCAGCUGCUGGCCUGGCUGACGGCGCCGGCACACUGUCACCAGGGGCCCCCGCCGGAGAACAAGUGGGAGGUGGCGUGCGUGGACAGGGAAGGUGACAAGGCCACCUGGGGCCUGCAGCCCGCCAUGCUGGCCGCCCUCCGAGACGACCCCCCGCCUCCCGUGGUAGCCCUGCAAACCCGCCUGGCCGCGCUCUACCCAGAGUACGACAUCUGUCACAUGCCGGCCGCGCAGAUCUCCUCUGAUGCUCCGGAACCGGGUGCCGAGGGAGGUGCUGAGGGGGAUGAGGGCACGCCGCUGAGCUCGUUUGUGGGCAAUGCGGUCAUGGCGGGGGACCCCUGUGCAUGGCAUGUGGAUGCCGACCCCACCACGGUCCCGCCCCACUCGCCUUGGGUGCACAACUUUGGGUACUACCACAACAGGGAGCUGGGCCGCCCGCUGUUCGUGAGUGUGCUGCUCUACCUGAACGACAGCUGGUCGGAGGACUUCCACUCUGAGACGCUGUUCCUUGACCCGGAGACGCAGCUGGGGCUGUUCGUGAGGCCGGCACCGGGCAGGGUGGUGUUGUUCGAUCAGGACGUGCCGCACCGCAUCUCCCCUCCUUCCAGCCUGGCGCCCGGGCCGCGCUACUCGCUGGUGUGGAAGCUGGUGAUGGUUCCGCGGGGGGAGGCAGCGGCUGGGGUGGGAGAGCAGGCAGGGGACGGGAAACAGCAAGGAAGGGGGGCGGAAGGGGCGGGCAAGGGUGCGUGCGGUGGGGGUUGUGGCGCAGAGGGUGAAGGUGUAGGUUACCAGAGCAUUUGCAGGCCGGAGUGGGGCGAGCCGGUGCGGAUUGGGUCUGCGAAUAGGCGCACGGGUGUGCCUGCGUUCCAGCGGAAAGUAGGGGGACGGUAAUGACGGCCUCAAGGUGCCCUCGGCUGGUGGUGAUUUGCUGUGUGGUUAUUUUCGCUGCUGCGUAGGCUUUAUGUUAAUCCUUCUUUUAUCUGCCUGCUGAGGUGAGAAGCCUUUUGCGAACACCGCCAACUAUUUUGAAGACAAAUCGUCUGUUGAACGGUCCCGCGUGCUAGGUAACUCGGUGCGACCCCAGGUGAUCAGCUCUUUGGCUUGCCUGGUGCUUUGCACUCAUAUACGCGCGGCACGCCCCGUACAUAAGCGAACCUGUUACAUUUUCGCAAGGGUUGCAGUUCUGUAUGCAGUACUGAUGCGCUAGCUCUAACAAAACCUGCAUGAGCUGUAACAUGCGUGGCCCCC